AUGGCAGAAACGCAAUGGAGAGCAUACGCCUACUAUCCCUCAGCCGGGGGCGCAACCGUCAUGGCGUUGCUGUUCCUCGUCGGCACCCUGAUCCAAAUAUACCAACUCAUCCGGACACGCGCAUGGCUGACGAUCCCAAUCAUCAUCGGAGGACUCUGUACGUCUACACCGCAACAAUAUCGCGCCAUGGCUAACCUCACAGUUGAAACAACCGGCUACAUCGGCCGCAUCAUGUCCGCCCGCCAAUCCCCGGACUGGACGACAGGCCCCUACAUCAUGCAAAGCACGACGCUGCUCAUCGCGCCGGCCCUCUUCGCCGCAACCAUCUACAUGGUGCUCGGCCGCAUCAUCGCCCUCGUCCAGGGCGAGCCGCACUGCCUCCUCCGCCUGCCCUGGCUCACCAAGAUCUUCGUCGUCGGCGACGUCAUCUCCUUCCUCAUGCAGUCCGCCGGCGCGGGCAUCAUGGUGCAGUCGCACUCCACCACCGACCGCACAGGCGAGCACGUCAUCAUCGGCGGCCUCCUCGUGCAGAUCGGCUUCUUCUGCUUCUUCAUCGUCGUGGCGGUGCUGUUCCAGCGGCGCAUUGACCGCUUCCCCACGCCGCGCGCGGUCUCGGUCUCCCCGCCGAUCCCCUGGCGGAAGCAUCUCUUCGCGCUGUAUGUGACCAGUUUCCUAAUCCUGGUGCGCUCGGUGGAGCGGUUUGUGGAGUAUGCGCAGGGGCAGGAGGGGGGGUUGAUCAGCCAUGAGGUGUAUUUGUUUGUGUUUGAUGGGGUGCCGAUGCUGCUGGUGUUGGUGAUUCUGGUUCGGGUGCAUCCGAGUGAGAUGAAUGCGUUGCUCGGCAGGGGGAGAGUAGCAGCUACGAAGACGGGGUUGAGUUUUAGGGAUGUGUCGCCGGUGGUAUGA